AUGGCCGCAGUCAACGAGGUCGAGGCCCUCCUCGAGGAAGCCGCCCGCGAUGUCGAGAAGAGCCGCGAGCGCGAGCGGGAGCGCAAGGCCAGCAGCGAGGCGCGCGAUGUCGACGGCCGCCGCGAGGACCGUCCCCGUGACCGCGACCGCCACUCGGACCGCCGCGACAGGAGCAGAGAUCGAGACACGCGUGAGUCCAAUGGAGGCCGGCGCAGGAGCCGCGACCGAGACUACCGACGAGGAGACGGCAGCCGCCCCCACUCGAGCAGAGGCGCUGACAUGGAACAAGAUCGAGACAGGCACCGCCGCAGCAGCUCGCGCGACCGCUACCGUGGAGGCCGCCGCGACCGGGGCGGCGACUACUAUAACCCGUCCGGACGAGCACGUUCCCGCUCUCCACGCCGCGACCGCGCCGACCGGCCCCGUGACCGUGAAGGCUCGCGAGAGCGUCGCCGUGGGGGAGCCGAGGAGCGACGGGGCAGCCGCCGCGAGAAGACGCCCGAGCCCGAGGUGACCGAGGACGACCGCGACAAGCGCACCGUCUUCGUGCAGCAGAUCUCGCAGCGCGCCGAGACACGCCACCUGCGCUCCUUCUUCGAGACGGCCGGCCCUGUCGUCGAGGCCCAGAUUGUCAAGGACCGCGUCACGGGCCGCUCCAAAGGUGUUGGAUACGUCGAGUUCAAGGAGGAGUCGUCUGUCCCCAAAGCGAUCGAGCUGACCGGCCAGAAGCUCAAGGGCGUGCCCAUCAUCGCCCAGCUCACCGAAGCCGAGAAGAACCGCGCGGCACGACCCUCGGAAGGUGGUGCUGCUCCCGGUGCCAACGGCGCGCCCUUCCACCGUCUCUACGUCGGCAACAUCCACUUCAGCGUCACCGAGAAGGAUCUCCAGGAGAUCUUCGAGCCCUAUGGUGAGCUCGAGCAGGUCAUCCUGCAGCGCGACGAGCUGAACCCGGGCCGCUCCAAGGGCUACGGCUUCGUCCAGUUCAACGACCCUUCCAACGCCAAGGAGGCUCUCGCCGAAAUGAACGGUUUCGAGCUCGCCGGCCGCCAGAUCCGAGUCGGCUUGGGCAAUGACAAGUUCACGCCCGAAUCGACCGCCAGCCUUCUCCGCACUUUCAACCAGCAGGCCCAGAGCUACCAGGGUUCUGCUUUUAGCGGAGCUGGUGGCCGCGGUGCCUACGCUGGCGGUUCUGGUGGCGUCUUCGACCGUGCCAACGGCAAGGAUGACCGCGGUGUCAGCGGCGCAUCUGCCCUUGACGACACUGAUGUCGCUGGCGUCAACUUCAAGACGUACGACCGUAGCAAGCUAAUGGACGCUCUAGCCCGUCGCGAUGCCCCGGAACCUGCCAAGCAGGGCGUCCAGCCUGUCGUCAGCAAGCCCCGAGCUCCUGUUGUGGACAAGCCCAUGGCCUCCAAGUGUAUCAAGAUCGAGAAUGCUUUCGAUGCUGACCAGGAACAGAAAGCGUACGGCAGCAGCUGGGUUAAGGAUCUCGAGCAGGAAGUCAAGAUUGAGUGUGACAAGAAGUACGGCAAGGUUGUCCACCUCGCUGUCGACCCCAACACCGACGGCGACAUCUACGUCAAGUUUGACUCGGUCAGCGGCGGAGAGAAGGCGCUCCAAGGUCUUAACGGUCGCAGCUUCAACCACCGCACCAUUCGUGCCUCGUACGUCGUCGACAAGAUUUACAACUCUCUCUGGGGUGCUGCCGCUAGCAGGUUUUGA